CCAGUGGAUAGUUAUUAAUACCAUAAUGGAGCUUUUGAAGUGUCUGUUUGGUGUUGUGGUGGUUGUUUUGGUUGGUGAUGUUACUGCCCAGCCUCACUGGAGGAUGCCUCUGCAGAAACAACCUUCUCUUCCUCCUCAGCGGCCGCAGCAGCAAUCAAAAGUCACUCCAGCAGAAGCUCCUUUUGACAAAUGCCAGGUGGAGCAACGCAACAAGAUCCAGUGUGGGACUGAAGAUAUCACUGCUGAGCAGUGUGAAAACAUUAACUGCUGUUUUGAUGGGCGGCAGUGCUACUAUGGGGAAGCGGUGACUGUGCAGUGUACCAGGGAUGGCCAGUUUGUGGUGGUUGUGGCUCGAGCUGCCACUUUGCCCCACAUAGAUGUGGAGUCAGUCAGCCUGCUGGAAACAAAUGACCCCUCCUGUUCCCCUGUGGGCGUCACCUCUGCUUUUGUCAUAUUUCAGUUCCCAGCAACUGCAUGUGGUACUAUACUCAAGCAGGAGGAAGAGGAUUACGUAGUGUAUGAGAACCACAUGUCGUCCUCAUAUGAAGUGGGGAUUGGACCCAGAGGAUCAAUCACCAGGGACAGCCACUUUGAGCUAUUGUUUCAGUGUAGGUAUUCUGGCACAUCUGUGCAGGCUCUGGUCAUGGAGGUGAAUGCUGUUCCUCCACCUGUGCCAGUUGCUGCUGCAGGACCCCUCAGUGUGGAGCUCAGACUGGGCAACGGGCAAUGUCACUCAAAGGGAUGUGUGGAGGAAGAGGCAGCGUAUAGCUCCUUCUACACUGCAGCAGACUACCCAAUCACUAAAGUGUUGAGGGAAGCACUCUAUGUUGAGGUGAGAAUCCUGGAAAGGUCUGAUCCAAACCUUGUCCUGAACCUGGAGCACUGCUGGUCCACAUCCACCCCCAAUCCCAGCAGCCUGCCACAGUGGGAUCUUCUAAUUGACGGGUGUCCCUUCCAUGACGACCAAUAUUUAACCACAGUGGUGCCUGUGGGUGGCUCCUCUGGGCUUCAUUACCCAACGCACCACAAGCGCUUCAUCGUUAAAAUGUUCACAUUUGUGGAUCCGAACACCUUUUCUACUCAGAAAGACACGGUGUUCAUCCAUUGUGCUACGGCAGUGUGUUAUCCCAGCAGCACAAACUCCUGUGAACAGCCAUGCCACCGGCAACGAAGAGCUGCAGUGAGGAAAGUUUCAACUCAGAGGGCUCUGGUCUCAAGCGGAGAGGUGAUCCUGACUGAGCAGAGAACCUCUCCUUCUGACACCCAAUCAAAGAGUUGACUGAAGAGUUCCACUGGCAGCUAGAUCUGGCCUUGACUUUUAAUAAAAGCUUGUUAAAAGCU